CAAAUUUGGGAGGGUGAUAUAAUUUUGUUCAAAUAAAGAAAUAAGGUCCAACUAUCAUCACACUGGACAACGUGAUAUAGCUAUUUUUGACGGUAUUAAUUGCGUGUCUAUAUGAGAUCAGAGCACAUUGAGAGAGAAAGAAAUUGGUCGGAAACGAGAAAAAUAGAUUAUCGUGAAUCUGGAGAGAACGGAAAAUUAGAGAGAAACAGAGAAAUUGGCUCUUAGAGACAGAGAUUGGCCAGAAUCUGGACUCGGAUUCAACUGAGAGAAAGGAUUCCGGAGCUGGAAAAACGCAAUCACAAGUCUUCCGUUUCUUCCAAUUCAUUCGCCUUGUACUUUACUAUAAACCCUAAUUCUACUUUACUUUAACCCCUCUCUGAACCCAAAAUUAAAAUUUGGAGACAUUCUUCUUCUUAUACUUCUCUUUCUACAUUCAUGUUUUCCUCCCAAUUGAAUGGUUUCUUAAUUGUAACAUCAUUGCUAGUCAGCAGUUACUGUUGGAACUUUGAACAAAAAUAUCUAACCAUCUUCGGUGCUAGAGUUGAAUUAGUUUAUGAUUUUCUUAUUUACAGUAGUAAUUUGUUUGUUGAAAAGUUUAAUCGUUGAUUGAUUAUUUGUUGGAGAUUGUAAUAAUAGAUAUUGACAGAGGCUAACAUUGGCUCAUAGAAUGUCCUGUACUUCUUUGUACUUUUAGGUGGGUUGGUAAUUAAAACACGAUUCUCCAUUGGUUUUUUUUUUUAUUUUUUAAAUUUUUUCAAAACCCAAUCAUGGAUUGCGACUUGGAAACCCUAAUUAUUGAUUGAUUGGUUGGUUGCUGACGUAAUAAACCUAAAACAUUGCAUAAACCCGAAACAACAGUUAAAAGGAAUCGCCAUUUUUAGUUUGGAUUAGGACAAAGGAAGCCUGAUUGUUUCUGUGCUAUUCCUGGAACCUUUAGAAACAAAGUAACAAAGAAACCAAACCCAAGUGUUUAGAGAUAAUUAUCACAUUGUAUCUCUUCUAUGAAUGCAAAUAUGUUGUCUGAUUCUUCUUCUUCUCCUCCUGCUAGUUCUUCUCGUUUCUCUUCAUGGUUCAAGUCAUUUUGGUCAUCAGCUCUAAGAUCGAAACCCCUGACUUGCAGUGUUCCUUUAGAAAGAGUUGGAGGCCUGGUUCGACGACUUGGUCUUCUUGAUCUCAUAUUCAUUGGGCUUGGUUGCACCAUUGGUGCUGGAAUCUUUGUUAUUUCUGGCACAGCUGCACGGGAAGCCGGCCCUGGUGUCGCAGUUAGCUUUUUACUUGCUGGAUUUUCGUGUUUGCUCAAUGCCUUGUGCUAUGCAGAAUUGUCGUCAUGUCUUCCAGCUGUUGUCGGGGGAGCAUAUAUGUAUUCAUAUGCGGCAUUUAAUGAGCUUACUGCUUUUCUCAUUUUUGCACAAUUCAUAUUUGAUAGCCACAUUUCGUCAGCCACCAUAGCUCGUAGCUUGGCUAGUUAUCUGGUGAUGCUGUUGAAUAUUUUCCCCUUCUUUAAGGAAAACUGGCCUGGUUGGAUGGACCCAGGUGGAGUAGAGUUAUUUGGAGGAAUCUUAUCUGUCAAUCUAUUGGCUCCUAUUCUUGUUUUAGUUAUGACACUUAUAUUAUGCCAGGGCUUGAGAGAAUUAACCGUGCUGAAUUCAUUUAUGACUGUGACAAAGGUGCUUAUAGUGCUUCUUGUUAUUUCAUUUGGGGCUUUUAAGGUGGAUAUAUCAAAUUGGUCUCCUUUUGCUCCAAAUGGAUAUAAAGCAAUUAUUACGGGAUCUACAGUUGUUGCUUAUGCAUAUAACGGUUAUGAUGCAAUUACGAGCUCAGCUGAAGAGUCAAAAAGACCACAGAGGGAUUUGCCACUAGGCAUGCUUGUAUGUGUGCUAUCUUGUGUUGUACUGUAUAUUGGUGUAUGCUUGGUGAUAACUGGAAUGGUAUCAUACAAGUCGCUCGGUGUGGAUGCUCCAUUAGCUGAAGCUUUUGCCGCAAAGGGACUGAAAUUUUUUUCUGUUGUGAUCAGUACUGGUGCAGUUGCGGGCCUUACUACGAGCCUUCUUGGCCAAAUUUAUGCAACGUCACGUGUAUAUGUCGGGCUUGGAAGGGAUGGUCUAUUGCCAUCAUUCUUCGCUAAAGUGCACCCAACACGCCAUAUCCCUAAUCAUUCACAGGUUUGGGUUGGUACCAUUGCGGGAAUCAUGUCUGGUUUCUUUGAUGUGCAUCGUCUCUCUCAUAUUCUUUCGGUUGGUGGGUUGGCUAGCUCUUCCAUUGUUUCAGCCUGUGUUGUAACUCUUCGUCUAAAACACAAGGACACAAGGUUAGCCUACAUGAUGGGGAUAACAACAUACCAGAAGGGUGUCAUCUGCCUUCUUGGAGUCGCUUCUUGUGGCUUCCUUGCUGGGCUUUCCUGUCAAUCCAAUGUCUCAAGUAUCAGUAUUUUGGCAGUAGUUGUGAUGGCAGUGCUAUUUGCGAUAGUUCUUCACUAUAACGAAGAAUUUACUGAGCCUUCUGGGUUCUCAUGCCCUGGAGUUCCCUUUGUGCCAUUGGUUUGCAUCUUCUUCAACUUGUUCUUGUUCGCUCAGCUUCAUUGGGAGGCUUGGGUCAGAUUUGUAGUCGUGAACAUUGUGAGCAUAGGCAUUUAUGCUGUUUAUGGACAACAUCAUGCCAAUGUGGCUGCUUCAGACCUUCAAUCCAUCCCCUACCAUAAACUCCCAUCAGGGGAAUCUCAGUAGUUUGUAACGGAUAUUAUUGGACUAAUGGGAAAAACGAUUGAAAAGUAUAUAAAUGCCAAUGUAUAUAAAAAUUGAUAUAUGUCGCAUUUGUCAAGAAGAAAGGGAUACAUACUAUAAGACUCUUUAUGUUGUGGUCCAUGAUCACAAUUAUACCUAGUUGUCAUGUCGGAAAUUGAGCGGCUAGGGAUGCUGCGAAGUUCAAAAAGAUUCUUCUUUGACCUUCAACAAUGUCCAUUGCCCCCCUGUUGGGAGGGGAGAAUCAAACUGAAGGUGAUUGUCAUCA